AACAAUAUUAUAAGCAGCCAGUAGGUGGCGAUAAUGCCACGGCUAAUAAUUAACACCCGAUACGGCACAUUAAAAAGAAGAAGAGCAUUCCAGGAAGUUCUAUUCUAUAAUGAACUCUGUCGUUUUGAAGUUUUUGUAGCACACUGCUGAGCUGGUUUGGGACAGAUCGGGUUGAAGGACAUGCCUUUGUUUAUUCAGGACAGAGCAACUGAUCGCUUCAGAACCACAGCGGAAGUGUUCGGCAGAUACCCACAUUUACAGGAAAAUGCGAAAGCGUUUCGCUCCAAGCCACUCGUUGAAGUAGAUCCAAAGUGCCUUCUGUACGUUCAGCAGAGAGAGUUUGCAGCAACGACGCCAGCAGACAACUGUGUUUCGGUCAUUGGAUCGGAUGAUGCCACCACCUGCCACUUGGUCGUGCUGCGACACACUGGUAGUGGAGCCGUCUGCCUCGCUCACUGCGACGGCUCCAGCACCUGGUCUGAGAUCCAGCUCAUUACGAAAGCCGUCACAUCCCUGAGUAACGUCUGUGAUGGAAGAUUUGAGCUGCAUCUCGUUGGCGGGUUUAACGACGACGCAAAAACAUCUCAAAAGCUCAGCCUCAGCAUACUGGCGGCGUUCCAGAAACUGGAGGAGGAGAUUCACCUGGAGACAUGUUGCAUCACAGAGAUGAACGACGCGGUCGUGAAUGGAAUCCAUCGACCGACGGUGUAUGGGAUAGGUGUAAAUGUUAAAACAGGGGAAGUGUUUCCUGCCUCCUUCCCUCACAAAGGACCUGCGGAGGAGCUGCGGUCAGCACGGACCUUCACCGGAGGAGAGAUGGCCGGCAUUUACGACUCAAGUCGUGGGCUUGUUGAAAUCGGACCAUGCCACUGGACCCCCGACAUGGACAUUGCCUUCUGGUUGUCACAAAGUGAUGACACAAUUUUAAAGUACCUGUCCACGUCUCCAGAGGCUGAACCGCCACACUUUGUCCAGCACAUGAAAUCCACCAUCCAGUUCCUUUUGUCACACCCAGACUCUGACAGCCUGUUCCCAGGGGGUCAGCCACAGCUCUACCGCCGGUCGGAGAGCGGUGCCUGGGAGAGACUUGUCCAAUCAUAAGAGGCCUUUUCAUUUCUCCAACUGAACCUUUCAAGUGUAUCUGACUUUUUAUUUUUUUUAUUUUAGCUCCUCAGCUCAAGGGAAACACUGUGACCCCUUCUUACCCUCCACUCAAAAGUAUUUUAUCCAGAGGAGCCCUAGUUAUGAACCAGCAUUUCAUCAACGCCGCUGGCUGAUGUGGAUAAAGUCAAGUUUCGUGUUAAAACUUAACCCUGCUUUAAAGUUUUAAAGUCUGCUUUGUUCCUUGGUCUUAGCGAGGCUGUUAGUCCUCUAGUUUUCUCUAACAAACCUCCGAGGCCUUCACCGAACAGCGACAUGUAUACUGGGUUCCAUUUACUCAUAGGAGGACUUUAUCAAUUAGGUGAAGUUUGGUUGCUCUGGGUUUUAGAAAAUAAUUGGCCUGUGUUAGAAAACAGAUCAUUAUCCUUCCACGUCACAGUGAUGCUGUACUUUAUGUUGGUCUGUCUGCCUAAACGAAUCAGAGCUGCUUUAGCAAGACACGGCGCGUCAGCUCUCCCGGUGUUCUGUCGGUGUAGCCUACCCUGUCAGUCUGUCGGUGUAAAACCAGCAUACGUUUGUGAAGCGGUGCUGAUGGUGCUCGUUGGAGAAUACGGUUUAUGAAAGAGACCGCUGUUUUGACAGAGUUUGACGCGUUGACUUUCGAUCUAACAACUCGAUCCGACACCCUAUGGAAGCCACAGUGAACGAUUAAACAGGAAAUGAAACGAUGUUACGGCUCCACUUGCUAAAAAA